AGGAACUUGGUCCAAGUCCGAGCGUCCCUGCGGUGCUGAGGCAGUGCUUGGUGUUCGCGAGUCAAAGGUGGCGCUUGCUUUUCUCCUCACAGGGAUUAUCUACGAUGUGAUUGUUGAACCUCCCAGCGUGGGGUCGAUGACAGAUGAACACGGGCACCAGAGGCCAGUGGCCUUCUUGGCUUACAGAGUAAAUGGACAAUAUAUUAUGGAAGGGCUUGCAUCCAGCUUCCUCUUCACAAUGGGUGGCAUAGGAUUCAUCAUUCUGGAUCGAUCCAAUGCACCAAAUAUCCCCAAGCUGAAUAGGUUUCUUUUGCUCUUUAUUGGUUUUGUCAGUGUGCUGUUGAGCUUCUUCAUGGCCAGAGUUUUCAUGAGGAUGAAAUUACCGGGCUACUUGAUGGGUUAG